CAUUAAACUAAUACAGAUAUAGAUUUAGUUUAUUCCUUCAUCAACCAGAGCCAUGGCUGCAGCUGGAAUCACUAGGCUUCCCCAAAGAUCACCGCAAAUUAGGUUUCAGCAUGAAGUGGGACGUUGGAUGAGCAAGCUUGCAGGGCUGAAGGAGAAGGAGAAGGAGAAGAAGAAAUCAUCUUGCUGGCUACCUCACCCUAGGACAGGGAUAUAUUUCCCACAAGGUCACGAAAGAGUGAUUGAUGACAUACCAAAUGGUGCAGCUUCUCUUACUCAAACGUAUUGGCUCCGGAGCGACGACGGUGUUGACAAACCUCAAUAUGAUUUUCCCAUCAGCCAUGACAUUACUCAUAAGCAAUAUUACUGAUGAAAUCAGGGGCGGAUGUAUCAUAUAUAUUAGGCAGAACUCAGUAACUUUAGACUUUGUAUAUGCACUAAAAGAUGGGAUCCACUAAAUAUGUAGAUUCAAUAAAUGGAUUGUGACCCUGAUAGCAUAAAUAAAUUGGA